UGGUACAGAACAGGUGAUGUGCAACAUUAUGUUGUCAGUUCAUAUUGACGUUAACUUACUCUGUGGAUGAAGGUCAUUUUCAGAUAUAUUUGGGACACAGCAUUUAUAUUUAAAAGGAAAAGCACGCGAGGAUCACUGCAUUCUCCAGCACUCCAACAGGUAAAACGCGUGCCUUAACUCUCCAUACACCCAAGUUAUAUUAAUAUGUAAUCCCUGUACUUUAUCAUCUCACAUUUACAGUAGUUUCAGAACGAAUAUGGACGUUGAAUUAAUGAUGCAUUAAAUCUCGCAUAUCGUAAAUGUUUAAUGUGAAUGUUUGUCCUGGAAGAAUUUGCGUCAUCACACUAGCCGAGUCUCACCCGAUCCUUCAGAACGGACGAAAAAUCAAAAACAUCAACUAUCAGAUCAGUGAUGGGUGCAGCCGUCUGAAGAACAAAGUUUCUGGAAAGUCAAAGAGAGGUGGUCAGUUCCUCACAGAGUUUGCCCCUCUAUGUAGAAUAACAUGUACAGAUGAGGAGGAGUAUACCAUAUUCAGCUGUAUCAGAGGACGCCUCUUAGAAGUAAAUGAAGCCAUUCUCAACAGGCCAGAACUGUUACUGGAAAAGCCUUCCACAGAGGGGUACAUUGCCGUUAUAUUGCCAAAAUUUGAAGAAAGUAAGAGCAUCACGGAAGGCCUUUUGACCAGAGCACAAUAUGAGGAGGUUCUUUCUAAAAGAACAAACCAACAAGAGCCUUCCUGAGUUCAGCUGGCACUGUAAAAGUUCCUUUGAGGAACCGCUGCUUCAAAAAGGCAAAAGCAAGUGACAUCACGGUUGUGUGGCUCUUCAGAACCAAGUUUUCAAAAAAACAAGACUUGAAUCUUAAAUUUCACUUGAUUGCACUGCCAGCGAGCUCUGAGACCCAUCUGCAUUCUGUUAAAUGCUUCUGAAAUGUAUUCAUUAGAUACUUGAACAAGCCACUGUCUUGUGUUUAUUUUGAGGAAUAGGUCUGUAUGUUCACGCACAUUAUUAUUUUCCAUGUGGUUGCUAAUAAAAACUUUUUUUCCAACA